AGAUGGUUUUUAAUGUUUUUAAUCGAUAUUAUCACUAAUUAAAUACGUAAUUUCUGUGUGAGAACAUAAGAUUAUAGACAAUUCAACAAAAAUGGGAAAGAAUAAGAAGACUCGGAAGGUUGUUCUCCAGAGGUAUGCACAAAUGAAGAAAAUGAUUAGUCUAACAGACUCAAGAAUAAAACCAGAACUUCGUGCAGCAUCAAAAAAGAAAAAGAAAGAAGAUCCAACUCAGCUAAAAAUAACAGAAGCACCUCAGCAAUCUUCUGCAUUGUUUUUUCAAUACAACACACAAUUGGGACCGCCCUAUCACAUCCUGGUUGAUACGAACUUCAUAAAUUUUUCUAUAAAAAAUAAAUUGGAUAUUAUAGAAAAUAUGAUGGAAUGUCUUUAUGCGAAAUGUAUUCCAUACAUAACAGAUUGUGUGAUGGGUGAAUUGGAGAAAUUAGGUCAAAAAUAUAAAAUAGCUUUGAAGAUUAUAAAGGAUCCUAGGUUUGAGAGAUUAAAUUGUUUACAUAAAGGCACUUAUGCAGAUGACUGCAUUGUUAAUAGAGUAACUCAACACAAAUGCUACAUUGUUGCAACGAAUGACAAGGACUUGAAAAGAAGAAUACGAAAAAUUCCAGGCGUACCGGUAAUGUACGUCGCCCAACAUAGGUACACUAUAGAAAGAAUGCCAGAUGCAUAUGGAGCCCCUAAAAAAUAAGUUGAAACUGUUGGACUUGGUCAGUGAACCAAAGCUGCCGAUACGAUGCGUUCGCUUUUAUAUCUUAAUCUUUUUACUGUACAGUAUAGAUUAAUAAAAUACACAUUUUAUAAUAAAA